AUGGACUACUCAUCUGCUGCAUAUGAUGAUACUUCUUUGGAUCUUAAUACCAAGCCUCUCCGACUUUUCGAUGAUACUCCGAUCAAGAAAGAGGCGCAAAGCAAAAUAUUGAUUGGCUUUGGGAGGCAGCUUUCACCAGAUGAAGAGAGUGGUGCUCUAUUGGAGGAAUUGCAACGGGUGAGUGCAGAGAACAAGAAGCUAACCGAAAUGUUGACGGUGAUGGGUGAGAGCUACAAUGGUUUAAGAAACCAGUUGCUGGAUUACAUGAGCAAGAACCCAGAGAAGGAGCUUAGCCCAAUUUCAAAGAAAAGAAAGUCUGAAAGCAGUAACAACAACAACACCAACAGCAACAAUAACAUCAAUGGAGCAGUGAAUGGAAACUCUGAGAGCAGCUCCAGUGAUGGAGAAUCUUGCAAGAAACCAAGGGAAGAGAACAUCAAGGCAAAGAUUUCAAGGGCUUAUGUUCGUACCGAAGCAUCAGAUACAACAAGCCUGGUUGUGAAGGAUGGAUAUCAAUGGAGAAAGUAUGGCCAAAAAGUUACUAGAGAUAAUCCUUGUCCUAGAGCUUACUUCAAAUGCUCUUUUGCUCCAAGCUGCCCUGUCAAAAAGAAGGUGCAGAGAAGUGUUGAAGAUCAAUCUAUUCUGGUGGCAACUUAUGAAGGUGAACACAAUCAUUCCCACCCUUCUCAAAUUGAAGCAACAUCAGGCUCAAACCGCUGCAUGACCUUAGGAUCAGUCCCCUGCUCAACCUCCCUUGCCUCAUCCGGACCUACCAUCACUCUUGACUUGACCAAAUCCAAGUCCAGUGCUGACACCAAAAGUACGAAAACAAAAACCGAAACACCGGAAGUUCGAAAGUUUUUGGUGGAGCAGAUGGCUUCUUCCUUGACAAAAGAUCCCGAUUUCACGAAAGCACUAGCAGCAGCCAUUUCAGGAAGAAUACUUCAACAUAAUUCUUACUGAAAAGGAAUGGUGGAAGUCAAUUAAGAGAAUUGGUUUUCACUUGGUCAGACUGGUUUUUGAAGAUUAGGUGUGUGUAAAUACAACAUUAGGACACAACUUUUGAAUUCGCUUCGAUGAGGGCCUAGAUUUCUUCCAUUCUUGGAUUCCAAGUUUCAGCUUAUAUAAACUGGAGUGCCUGGCUAUCGAUUCAGCUAGGCAUUGAUCUGGAAACCGGCCUUUGAUUUCAGCCAAACCGGCUUUUGUAGCUUCCAUCAUUUCAUUCUUGCUUCAAGCAUGGCCAAGAAAAUGUAUUAGACAACUCCUAGAUCAUUGUGACACACUGUAUUAUGUACUUAUUUAAGCUGCAAUAUAGAACAGUUUUUCUCUAAAAAAA